GGUGUAAUUCUACUAUUUAUUGGUUAUUUGUUAACUUUAAAUUUUUUAUGCAUUUUGUUUUGUAUAGCAAUUUCACAGGGAUCAGUUCCUUUGAUUUGAAGAGCCUAAGAAUAAAGGACUUUCAGUUACCCAACAUUCUCAAAGGGUUUGGAACUGUGGCAUGGACUCACAUAUUCUGAGUAAAACUUCAGCAAUCUACUGAAAGCAAAAUAACAGGAAUUAGGCUACAGCUGGCUGCGGACAGCAAAGGUGUAGAAUGCUGAUGCUCCUGACUACUGUUUAGGGACCUCCACGACCUCUUUUUUUUUUUCCCUCUCUCCCCUAAAGUGAAACUUCUACUAGCUUUGGAAAAGUAGGGCAGGGGCUACGAGUCCAGUAAAAGCGCUUUCUCUGCAAAUAUUACACAUAGCAACAGACUGCAAGGCCACUUGGCUUCACUGCCGCAGUGAACUGAAAACGAAAGUCAAUUGUACAAAAGCCUCAGUCCCUAAAUAGCUCCGGGAACACUAGAGAGCAACCUGCACCACAAGAGGAGAACCCUGGGACUUGGGAAAGUAGAGUGCUCCGGUGGAAGUCCUUCCGCCACCAAACCCCGCCCCAUGGCCGUCGCUGAUUGGCGGACGGAAAGCCCCACCCAUCUGCGCGCUUCUUCCGGAGCGGUGGGUGUGCCCCGGUGCACGCGUGCGCGCUGGCGUCAGAGGACCGGAAAGGAGGCGGCACCCCAGGCUGGAGCGUGGGUCGCAGGCACCGAAUCCUGGGCGGGAGCAGGAGCCUGGGUGGCUGUGCCAAGACAGGGCUGGUGACAGACGGCCGUCGCGAUGAACACGGUGCUGUCGCGGGCGAACUCGCUGUUCGCUUUCUCCCUGAGCGUGAUGGCGGCGCUCACCUUCGGCUGCUUCAUCACCACCGCCUUCAAAGACCGCAGCGUCCCGGUGCGGCUGCACGUCUCGCGGAUCAUGCUAAAAAAUGUUGAAGACUUCACUGGACCUAGAGAAAGAAGUGAUCUGGGACUCAUUACAUUUGAUAUAACUGCUGAUCUAGAGAAUAUAUUUGAUUGGAAUGUUAAACAGUUAUUUCUUUAUUUAUCAGCAGAAUAUUCAACAAAAAAUAAUGCUCUGAACCAAGUUGUCCUUUGGGAUAAGAUUGUUCUGCGAGGUGAUAAUCCGAAGCUGUUUUUGAAAGACAUGAAAACAAAAUACUUUUUCUUUGACGAUGGAAAUGGCCUCAAGGGAAACAGGAAUGUCACUUUGACGCUGUCUUGGAAUGUUGUACCAAAUGCUGGAAUUCUACCUCUUGUGACAGGAUCAGGACAUGUGUCUGUCCCCUUUCCAGAUGCAUAUGAAAUGACGACGAGUUAUUAAAUUAUUCUGAAUUUGAAACAACAUAUUUUUAUACUUAAUGAAUGAAUUCUAUCUCUUGCAUCUUCCUUUGUUUUUGGUUACUUUUUCCUUUUGUUUUGGUAUAAGAAUGAACUCACGUCGAAAGGCAUCAUUGAGGUGAAAGGUUAAUGGGAUGCCUAAACAAAGAAAACAAGGCUACCAGAGUGGAGUAUUACAAGAAUGAGGCAACUAGGUAAUAAAAGUUUGUGAGCAAUAUAUGCUUGGAAUAGUCCUUGUAUUUUCUUUAUUUUUAUGGAAUAUAAAAUGGGCAUGAAGGGUUGUUAAACUUUCAGGUGCCUGCAGAGCCAUAAGAGCUCUGAAUUUUAUGUUUUGCAUUUAUGCAAGUUGACAUUGGUUGUGACUUAGAUGUAGACAUUCUUUUUUAUCUAUUAAUGUAUGUUAGAUUACUGGAAAUAUUAAUGUGGAUAUUUGUUUGAAAUCUAGUUUACAAAAUGUUGAGUGGUAGAAUUUUAUUUCAUUUUCUUGGAAAUCCGCAUAAUGCUUGUUUUUCUUAGGUGAGUAGCAGCUUUCUCCACAUGAAGACUAAAUACCUCUUUGUAUGCUGUAAAGUCUUUCAGACUCAUUUUAAAGUCUCUAGUUAACCAAAUGUGUGUCUUUCAGUGCUUUCUCUCAGAAUGCUCCUUUGUAUAUCUUUGUAUAAUUUUUAGCAUUGCAAUUGAAAGUUGAAAAUGUUUGCAUGGUUUGCUCCCUAAAAUUUAUUCUAGUGAACCUGCCUAUGUACAAUGUAAUUUUCUGUAGGUCCACAUUUUAAUAGUUACUGGUAUAGUGUUUGUAGUGUGCUUUCCUGUUUACAAAAUAUUCUCAUCUGUUUGUGUACUAUCUUCAGUAGUCUUAGUGAGGUUAAUAGUGCAAAUGUUGGCUCUUUGUAGGUAAAGAAACUAAAACCCAGACGCUUACUGACUUACCCCAAUUAAACAGCAAGGGGUGGAGUUAAAACUUGAAUUCUGAUUUUCUCAGUUUGUCCUUUCUCAUACCUCAGUUUAGUAGCUAAUCAAAUUCAGUUAAACAUUAAUUACAGUUUGGAUUGAACACCUUUUCUGUCAUUCCCAGGAGAGGUUUCUUUUCUGUAUGAAAGUGACUAAUGUUCAAGCUGCCAACUAUUUAUGUUGUGAUAAUAGCUUAUUCUGUGUAUAUUCACUUUAUGUAAAAAUAUAAAAAAACCUAAAUGCUUAUAAAGUAAUUUAGAGUUAAAUAUAUAUGGUUAAAUAUAUGAUCAUUUUAACAUGAAAUUCUUUUCUGUAGUGAUGAAGUAAAUGUCCUUAUAGAGAGCAUCCUCAAAUUAACUGCUCUUAAGAGCAUGACCAGACAUUGUAGUCAUACUCAGCAGUAACCAAAAGGGGCUAAAAUUGUCUAGGAAUAACUUAAAUGAACAUUUGUUCUAUUUACCUCACGUGAAAUAAAUCAGUUUAAUUAUAUUUAUUUUUAACAGCUGAGGUAUGUGAUGGUGCCAUUCUUAAAAAUGCAUGUGCAUAUGAAUUUUUCAAACCAAUAGAAAGGUCACAGGUACAGAUUGAGUUUGACUUCAGCCAUUUCAUUAAAUUUUUCAGGGACUCAGUUUUCUCUAUCUAAAAAAUGGUAUAAUUGGACUAGUUAACUUAAAUGAUAAUUUUUUAAUACUACACCUGUCUGUAAAAUUAGUUUUAGCUGUUCAGCAAAGAACUUGAACAAGAGAACACCUUAGUAACCUUCCUGAAGUCAGGAAGGUGACAGAAAGAGUAACACAUAAUUCCCGAUGAUCUGAACUUCUCUUGCACUUCACACUUAGAAAGUGUAACUUCGUUUACUUUGAACAAAUAACUAGGCGUGCAAACCUUAAAAUCUUCAAGUGUUAAAGCUUAGAAUAAUUUGGUAUGUUCUCAUUAAGGAAGUCAUAUACAUGCUUGAAGGGUUAAAAGAAGACCUGAGUGCUAGUUUAAUAGUUCUUAUACCUUUUGGAUGAGUGGCUCUAUUGUUCAGCAGAGAUUAAUACUGGAGUUAUCCAGAGUAACUAUUUAUUUGAAAAUAAAUACUUUCUGCAAUUGGCAAGGAAAAUUAGGAAUGCCCAACUAGCAUAAUGUGAAGAUUUUCAUUUUUCUUUUAACUAAGAGAAGAUGCUCAGGAUAAGAAUGGUCAAUGUGAGACUAAUCCUGCUUCUCGGGAUCUCAUUUUUGGGUGUGCACAGCUUUAUUAGUUUAUUGUAAUUCUAAAUUUUACAUGGUUGAUGUGUUUAGUUUGAUAACCAUAUCCUUUGUGCUGGUAUUUUAAAGAAGCUUCAUCAAGUCUCUACAAAGACUAGGGGCUUUAGAUUUUAGCAACCUAAGGGUGAUUAGAAAUAUCUGAGUCCAGAGGUGAUUGUGAGAGAAGAUACUUGCAAGAUACUUAUUUCAAGUAACUGCAAUUAGAAAUGAACUUCAAAGUUUAGCACUCAAUAUGCCCCUUUUAGUUUAACAUAGAAAUACAGCUUCACCAGUACAUUUUAUUCCCAUUGCUUUUACUUUCCGUAUGGUGACAGGAACAUAACAAACUCUAGAAAUUCCUAAGAGUAUAAUAGAAAGAUAGGUUGUUUUGUGCUUCUUUUCUGGUUAUUUUAGAGUUCUUUAGUGGUCUGACUAGCCAGUUUGUCAUGUGAAAAAUGCACCUAAAGCUAUGGAUUUGGAGGGGGGUGCGGAUAAGUUAGUGGAGGCUUUGCUUCAUAGUACUUUGUAUUGACAUGUGAUGUGUUUAUGAGGAGACCCCAUCAGCUGUGACCUUUGAUUAUGAACAUAAAUUUGUCAAAUGCUUCCCUUACAUUUAGGUGUGAGCCUAUGUACCUUACCAUGAGACUGUCAGGGGUUCAAACACUUGUGUUUCUAAAAGUCACUGCAUGUUUCUGAUGCAAUUUGGAAAGUUGUUAACUUAAAAAAUAUAAUUCACAAGUAAAAUAUCCAUAAAAAUACUGUUUGAGGAUUUUCUUAAAUGCAGUAAAUAUUCAACAUUUUUCUAAUAAAAAUGAAUUUUGGUUUUG